GUUAACAAAAUAAAAUUAGAUAUUUUACAAAAUAAAUUUAUCGAAAAAUAUGUCGUUAGAUAUUCUUAUAUUGCUCCCAAUGCAUUUAACAAUAAUAUUAUAUAAUCUCUAGUACUGAGAACUCGAAAUAGUUACUGCCGACCGGCCGGCCCGUAUUUAUUAUUAUCCAAAUUUAACACGGCAUUCAUAUAUUUCAUAUAUGAAUCCUAGGAAAUUUGUAAACAAUUAUGUUUAACCAUUAGGUUGUUAUCAGUAUUUAUACACCAUAUUAAUUCUGUUCGUUGUAAAUUAGUAUUAUUAUUACAACUUGUAAUACUACGGUCUACGUGCGUACCGGUUUCACUGUACAGUGCGAACUUCCGAGUGCACAUUAGUCAGGCGUCAGUAUUAAGCCCGUCGCGUGUCGCAGUGAUAAUUUUAUUUUUUUAAUAUUUCUGAUUUAACGAUGCCUAAAGAUAAGCAAUCAUUGUCACGACGCCUUAAAUCUUUAAGCUCUGAGUUCGGUGAAGAUGUAUUCUCUAUUGAUAAUGUAGUUCUAUUUUGCAAACUUUGCGAAGUGAAAGUGGAUCCCGAAAGACGAUCUAGUAUUACACAGCACAGAAAAACAGAAAAACAUCGUCGUGCUGUAGAACGUAAAAUAAAUCAAAAAACAGCCAACAGCCAACAGCUAUUAACAAAUCUAACGUCGAAAAAAUCGACUUUUAAUAUGGAUUUAUGCAAAGCUUUUAUAUCAGCUAAUAUUCCGCUUAACAAGUUACAAAAUACAGAGUUUCGUCAAUUCUUACAGCUAUACACACAAAAAGAUGUCCCCACUGAAUCGACACUUAGAAAGUUUUAUCUUGAUGAUUGUUACGAGGAAAUGAUGAAAAACAUAAGACAACGUGUGUUUUUAAAAAAAAUUUGGAUAUCGAUCAAUGAAACGACUGACGCUGAGGGAAGACAAAUUGCAAACGCCAUAAUAGGAACUCUAGAAGAAGAUAGAACAGGUGAUAUAUUUUUAUUAAAUACCGACGCAUUAGAAAAAACAAACCACUCUACCGUAUGCAAAUUUUUCGACAAAUCGCUCAGUAUUUUGUGGCCUGACGGAAUCAAACACGAUGACGUGUUAUUAUUUCUAUCGGAUGCGGCGCCUUAUAUGGUUAAGUGUGGGAAAUCACUUAAUGCGUUAUAUUCAAAAAUGGUACAUGUGACGUGCGCAGCGCAUGGUCUCCAUAGGACUGCUGAAGAGGUACGUGGACAAUUUAGCACAAUCGAUAAAAUUAUAUCGAAUGUCAAAAAUUUUUUUAAAAAAUCGCCAUCGCGUGUUCAGAUAUUCAAGACACAUGCCCCGAAUAUUCCCUUACCACCAGAGCCAGUUAUCACACGCUGGGGCACGUGGCUAAAUGCUAGCAUUUAUUACUGCGAAUAUUACAAACAAAUUUGUGAAAUUGUAGAAAUAUUAGACUCAGAAGACGCUUUAAGUAUAAAAAUAGCAAAAAAAAAUUUGGUAAAAAUAUGUGUCAAAAGUAAUCUAGUAUACAUAAAAUCAAAUUUUAAAGUACUUUCAGAUUCAAUUUUAAAAUUACAAAGAAAAAAUAUGCCUUUAGCUGAAUCCUUAGAUAUUCUGGAAAAAGUUCAAGUUCAGUUACAAAUGGCUCAGGGUUAUGAUGGGCAAAAAGUGUAUAAGAAAUUUGAAACGGUUUUAAACAAAAACAGCGGAUUAAAAAUACUAAAACAGAUAUCAGAAAUAAUUGGAGGAGAAAGUGACAACAUGGAUGAUCUACAUGAAGAUCUUACCACAAAUGAUUUAAGUUUUUACAAGUUUGCUCCAAUUACAUCGGUUGAUGUGGAGAGAUCUUUCUCGAUUUAUAAAAAUCUCUUGACGGACAAUCGGAGAUCAUUUAAACUCGAGAACAUAAGGAAACACCUCUUACUUCAGUGCAACACGGGAAAUCAAGAAGGUUAAAGUUUUUUGAAGAUAUACAGGCAGACAGCAAUACAAACAAGUGUGCAAAAAGUUUAUUUUUUU